AUGGCCGCCCCUGGCGAUCCGAAGCAGCUCCCAGGCUACCAGGAAGCACCGCCUCGGGUCGCGGCCGCGCUCGCCGAGCAGGGCGAGUUCGCCGUGAACGCCCGUCGCUGUGGCUGCCAGAACUGGGCCGAGAUUCGGCUCGGGGCGACCUCCGUGGAAGAGAGCCCGGCGCAGUGCGCGAGGCGGUGUGGGCGCACCUUUGGUUGCGUGGGGUUCGGGUACGAGAACCAGAGCUGCUCGGAUCCACACGUAUGCUCAUCCCAGGAGCACACCUGCAUAUUGUGGAAGGAUAAGUGCGUAACAAAUGCAAACUCGCAUUGGGACGACUACGUUAUGAUCAGCGGCGCUGUGGAGCCCAACCAAAUCGUCAUCGAAGGCUUGGACCUUGAGAGGCUGCGGGGUAACCCAGAGCUGCACGAUGGCAUGAGUGCGAGUAUCCAGCAGGAUCUCGCAAAGAAGCUGGGAUUACCCGAGGACACUGUGCAGGUGGCCUUCGACCAGAGGUAG